AGUGGCGGCCUGGGCGGAAGUGGAGCCGGCGCCACUGCUGCUCCCCCUGCCACCACCCUCUUUCCCACCACCAUCACCAGCUCCCCUGGCACCGGAGCGGGAGGAGCUGCCCCUGUCGCCGCCUCUGAGAGGGUUCCCAGGGAAGCGGCCCACCAGGCCCGAAGCCCGUCCUGUCCUGUCCUGUCCUUCCGCCCUCUUGCCCACCCUUCCGAGACUAAUCAUGGAUAAAAGCGAACUGGUGCAGAAAGCAAAGCUGGCCGAGCAGGCCGAACGCUACGACGACAUGGCGGCGGCCAUGAAAGCGGUCACCGAACAGGGACACGAACUCUCCAACGAAGAGAGGAAUCUGCUCUCGGUGGCCUACAAGAACGUGGUGGGGGCCCGCCGCUCUUCCUGGCGGGUCAUCUCCAGCAUCGAACAGAAAACGGAGCGGAAUGAGAAGAAGCAGCAGAUGGGCAAAGAAUAUCGUGAGAAAAUUGAGGCGGAAUUGCAGGAUAUCUGCAGUGAUGUUCUGGACCUUUUGGAUAAAUACCUAAUUCUCAGCGCCACCCAACCAGAAAGUAAGGUGUUCUACUUGAAAAUGAAAGGGGAUUACUUCAGAUACCUUUCUGAGGUGGCUUCUGGAGACAAUAAACAAACUACAGUAUCAAACUCUCAGCAAGCUUAUCAGGAAGCAUUUGAAAUCAGCAAGAAAGAAAUGCAGCCUACGCAUCCCAUCCGGCUCGGUCUGGCUCUCAAUUUCUCUGUCUUCUACUACGAGAUACUAAAUUCACCCGAGAAAGCUUGCAGCCUGGCCAAAACGGCGUUUGACGAAGCAAUAGCCGAAUUGGAUACACUGAACGAAGAGUCUUAUAAGGACAGCACUCUGAUCAUGCAGUUACUUAGGGACAACCUCACCCUAUGGACGUCGGAAAACCAGGGAGACGAAGGGGACGCUGGAGAGGGAGAAAACUAAUAGCUGUCACGCUUCACUAGCUGUUCAACGUCACUCUGUAUCCUACACAUCUAUCCCUUUGUGCGACCAACUGAAAGAAUCGUACGUCGACUUUUCACAACCUCAGCGUAGCAGAAACCAUCCGCCGCAGCCCGACCCGCUGGUGUUUGUACCUAAAAAGUGGUUAAGCAGAUGCGGCGGCGUGCUGAAGUUUGAUUCUUAGUAACAUUAACAGUUGCGAUGACCGUGUGUUGAUUGAUUAUUUUGUUUUUGUUUUUUUUUUAAUUUUAUUAUUUUUUUUUAACUGAACACUGUGAUUAUGGGGUUUUGUAACUUAGCAGAAUCCUUCAACUGGUAGAAAAAGUAGGCCUGAACUAUGUGUAAACUUUUUUGAAAAUUGAAUCUGAUCUCAAAUUAGUCGAAGUACAAUUCUGUUGUAAAGUUGUACAGAAAGUUAUAGAGAUUAUAUUGUGACACUGGGACAGGGAACAAAACAACCCAUCACAUGGCAUUCCAGUUUAAUGGCAACUCCAUGCAAAUCUGCCUGCUUUUCAGUCCAGCUGGGGGUCGGGGGGCUCCUCUCCAGACUGUUUUGCUCCCGGUCAAAAUUGGGAAAGGUAAGUGUCACGGAACAUAGCCUUAAAUCCACAUUCUCUGUGUUACAUAGGUGGGUUUCGAUUAGGGGGGAGUGGGGAGAGAGGAGAAUAAAAGAUCCGGCCCUCCGUCCAAACAAGUGAAUGAGCUCCCUUCCCUCAGCAGUGUUACCUAUUAGAAAUUUCCUACUUCAGUACUGGAACCUUCAUGGUAACAACCAGACUGUAGCACGAAAAAGAUGCACAUUUUACGAAUGGCCUUACCUGUUUGCCGGAUGUUACCUUUAGAAACGAUGUAUUGCAAAGAUUACGUUCCGCUCUGGGAAAAUUAAAAACCCCUGUAGGACAUUUCCAGUUUGGGACUUGGAAAAUGUGUUCUGUAAGCUUCCUUUUCCCAUUUUUUGACCAUUCGCUCCUAGACUCUUCUCCUUGAACAUAUUUCCUUCAGCCUCCUCUCACAUCUCUUUUUCUUGCAAUUCUAACCUGGAGAUUUUCGUUCCACUUCUGUGAAUAUAUGGGCGGGGUUGGGGGAGGCGGGAGGGUGGUCAGUGCGUAUACCAGUGGACAGUUGUGUCAUUCAGCUAAAUCCGUGAGAGGUACCGGGCCACCGUCUAGGCUUCCUCCGUUCCUAACAAGUCCGCCACGCUUCCUCAAUAUCAGAAUCUGGCUUAAAUAUCGAAGAAUUCCCUUGACUUCCUUCUGGAAUGCAGCCCUAUCACACUCGUCAGUGACGUACACCAAAGCGAAGGUCUCAACAUCUCCAAGCAGGACCCUGUGAUAUAGAAAGUUGCAUGAAUAAUGCAGUGGAAAGGAUUAGGCAGAGUCAAACCUAUCAGUCUCACAGUAUCAUCCCUCUACCUUAGCAUUCCACAUAGCUGUAGACUCCAUCUGUUUGUCCAUCUGUAAGCUGAAGAGAAAAAAAAUUCAUGCACUGAUUUAAAAAAAAAAACAACAAAAACACCCUCCCUUAUAGCUGAACAAAAUGUGCAGUUGAUACUUGGCGCUUGAUAAAUGCAGUAGUGAAUGUGGAACUGAGCCUGUCUGUAUAUCUGGUAGCUCUUUUUUGCCUCGUUUUUACUGACCAGUAUUCUGCCGAACGUUUGCUUCUGUGACGGUUAUAUCGCCUAGCACACACGUGGUUGUGAAAAUAGUAUAGCAAAAAGAAAAUCCCUGGUUAUUGAUGUACUAGAUUUGUGUAUGUCCUCUCAACAGUUCUAGUUUCACCUUACACGAGGAUAAUCAGGAAAGUGUACAAGAGUUCAAAAGUGAAAUAAAAAGUUUUAUCAGUUAAUGGCCUAUGAA